GCGAGCGUCAGCCAAUGGGCGGCGCGGGGCUGUAGGGGAGAAGAUGGCUGCCUCGGAGGAGGAGUCAGGUCAAAGUGAUAGUAAAAAUGAUGAUUCUGCUACACAUGAGACUAGCAAGCAAUUUUCUACCAUUCACCAACAGGAGAUCGAAAACCAACUCAGUCGGCCAGGUUUGAGCUAUGAGAACAGAGUUAGUGCUGUUCUGUCAGGCUGGGAGCACCUAGCAGGAACUGUUGAAGGAGAUGUUGGCCAGUUGCAGCCCCUUGCAACAUUUCUUUAUAGAUGGAGUUUACGUUUAAUUCUUCAAGGAGAAUGGCCUGGUCUUGCCCAAAUUGUGAAAACACGGCUUGGUGUGACAUUGCAAAGGUGUUCCAGAGUGGCUGUGCUUCAGCCUCUGUGUCGCACUCUUCUUCCCCUUGUGUCCGACCCCUGGGGUCAAACAACAAAGACAAUAUUUUCGGAUUCUGAAGUUCAAGAUGAAGAAGCUAUAAAAUACAUCUCCAAUGAAAGUUGGGAGGUUGUGCGAGUGCGUGUGGACACAAUGGUUGAAUCAAGAUGUGAGGAACUUGCCUUCAGAGUUCUCAAAGUGUGCAUAAGAUGCAUACGAUUGAGAUCAGAAGGCAUGGGUGUCCCACUAUACACAGAUGAAGAUCAUAACCACUUCGUUGAUCUCUACUUUGUAUUACUGUACAAAUUUCAGCGCAAAGCCUUUUUAGAAGAAGUGAAGGCACUGGAUGUACACGAAGGAGUUAAUCUUGUUCAGCGGUUGGUGACUAAGCAAGACAAAGCAAAAGUUUGGAAGCAUCGACUAAAGAUUGCUGAUCUUGCCAUUCAAAUAUUUUUAGCCACAUCAAUUGUUAAGAAGUACAGUCAUGAUUUCUGGGCUGUGUUUCUCGAGUGGUGUGGUGUCCAAGAAGCUGCUGCAGUUGCUGAUGAUGUACUAAUUCAAAUGAUCCACAAAUAUAUGCAGCUGUGUGAAGCCUCACAGCACAUAUACUCUAUGGGUUCCAUCCUUCACAAGAAGUUUGGAAAUCGCUUGGCUUCACUUGUGACUGAGCUGUUGAUUCGUGCCCUCACAAUGGACAUGAACAGCUUAGAAGCCCUAAAACUGAAACAAACUGAAGGAUCUCAGAAAGAAGAGCAAGUGCAAUUGGAGCGACAGAUGGCGGAUGGAUUCAUGGAUCUGGCCACAGUUUUCACCCAUCACAAAAGUGUGGCAAGGGAGUGUGUCCUCACUGCAUUUAGCCUUCACCCAACCACUGAACGCCUGGUUUUACUCAGCAGUUUUGCUGGCAGCUCUCCGUCAUCUGAUAUUUCCCAUGUUCUUGAACAACCACACUCAUUUUCAAAACACUCGACACCACAUCCAAUCUCUCCUCUGCCACAAUCCUCCUUUUCUACUAAUCAGUCCUCUCCUACUUUCAUUCCAGCACCUUCAUCACUUGUCCCACAUUCAUCUGAUAUGUCUCAACCACCUAGCUUGUAUCAACCAGGAUCUCCUCCCCAAUUUUCCUCAUCUCCAAGUAUUCCACACUUAUCCCCCUCUCAUGCUCCCCCAGCUUCUCAUCCAGUACCAUCCUCCCCACUCACUACUGUUCCCACAUCUUAUAGCAUAUCCUCUCCUGCCCCACAUUUUCCAUCUGCCACUUUGCGUCCUGAAGCCUCCAGUGAUGGUACAGAAAUGGAACUGUCUACCACGUGCCUGCAGUCCACUUCAACUUCUGACAUACAAACAGGCUCCUUCAACACAUCAGAGGGCACUGGUGUUGUACAAACUACACAGUCCACCACUUGCCUUCAAUCAUCUUCAAGUGAUUUUCAUACAACACCAUGCUCUCAAGAUGACUCACAAAUUCCUGAUUUGUCCACAUUGGAAAACUCUGCAGUCAGUGACCCAGUCCACAAUAGUCUUAAUUACGUUGGUGUUCAAAAUAGUGUUAAUGUUGAUAACAUGGAAGUGACUAGUUCCAGUGAAGUACAAGUGAGUCAAAAUGAUUUACAAACUGAUGAGCUUAACAUUAAAGGCCUUGUGUCUCCAGUGAGUGAUCAGAGAGGUCUAUCAUGUGAAGACCAUUGUCGAACAGACAUCAUGAUAGACACAGGACAACCUUACCCAAAUAUGUCAUCUGUUGUUGAUUCUGAAGAGUCACAGAUGAUCAUUGAAAAUAGUGCUCAAAAUAAGAUGGAAGAUCUCUCAUUGUCACAAACCAAAGAUAUAAGUACUAAUGAUAAGGAAUUGGAUAGUAUAUCCCAUGGAGAAUCCAGAAUGAAAGAUGAUGUAGAUUCUAUGGAUAAGUUCUACAAAAGUACAGAAAACUUUAUCGAACAGUUAAGUCAAGAGCCGCCCAGUAAAUCUAAAUUGACAAAUCUUUCUCCAGGGCAUCAGAAUUAUGAUGUGUUGACCCAACCUAACCAAGUCCUUGAUGCAGAACAGUUAGGUAUUACUAAAGAACUCUGUGAUGACCUAGCAGUUGUGCUCAGCAGUCCACGGUGGCAAGUGUUAUCAUGGGUGUUGGACUGGGGUGAGCUCUCAAAAAUUUGUGGGCAGUACAUCAAGGAUGCUGACAGUGCUAAGAACAUGACCAAGGAACUGAAGUAUCUCAAUAUUGAUUAUAGUCAGUUUCAAAACAUGCCAUCUGCAGAAAUUACAGAGUUCACUGGCAUUGAAAAGGGAUAUGAACACUUUAUUGAGCAUGAAUCUGAAAAUGAAGUCUCAGAUGAUGAGAGCAGUGCACAUCCUAAGGGAGGUCACAUCUCUCCAAUUGUCGAGUUGGCCAACACUGAUACAGCAAAGAUAACAAAAAGAGGAAGAGGACGACCAAAGAAAAUAUCACAAAUUAGUAGACCUUAUGACUCAGACUCAGAUCUUGAUGCUGUUGAACAGUUGAAGGGAUCUUCCUGUUACAUGAUUUCAAUGUCUGAAUCAGAAGAGUCUGAUAUAGACAAUAAAAAUAAGACAUACUUACACAUUGACUCUGAGCGAAGCGGGGUCAUAGAAGGCAAGAGAGUAACAGCUGUGAGCAAUCAAGACCGAAGUAAGCGUAUCAGGAUUGAUGCUGAGACGGGCAAACUACGAAAAGAUAGGAGCUUACUGAAUAGCUUGCGACUCUUUAGACACCAAAAAUAUGGAGGUGAUCUUAUAUAUGACUCUGAAUUUGAAGGGUUACAGCGCUCUGCUGAAAAUUUUGCACCUCCUCUCAGUUCGUUGAAUCUUAAUCCACGUGUUGUUUUAACAGAAAGGGAUAAAUCAGCUGUAGAUCAGCAGCUUCAGAGGUCAAUGACAACAGCUAUGGCAGGGAAAAGAGUUGCUUCUGGGAAAGCAACUCAGUCUAGUCAGUCACGUGAAUCUUGGAGAUAUGCAGGAUCCUUUGUGGCACCCAAUCCCACCAGUGCUGCUCGUCCAACCACUUCAGUCCCUCUCCCGCGCUCACCUUCAGUCCAAUGUUAUGUUCGUCACAAAGAUGGCAAAGUGCGCUUUGCUUCCUUCAAUAGAUCCAUUCUAGCUGGCAGUCGUCCCCCUAACCCAGGUCAAAAUAACUAUUUGAAGCUGCUGAAAAGACCAACAUCAGGUUAUGAUGAUUCCUAUGCAAAAUUUUUGCUGCAGCAAAACCCCAGUCUCAAAGGUAAAGGGCCAGAAGAUGCAACCAGAAAGAGUAUGACACUUGAUGCCAGCCUAGAUUAUCUUAAAAAACAAGGUACAACAGUCACUUAUAGAAGAAAAACAGGAUCUGCCUUAGCUUUAGCAAAUGCUCAGAAGACUGUCUUAAACAGAAUAAUGUCCCCAGAAAAUGCUAUAUCAGCCAUAAGUAGUCGAACUGCAAUUGCAAUGCCUGUCAGUAACAAUCCUCCGAACUUACCUCCAUCAGACAAGACAAGUCCUGCUAACCUUAGUCGGGUCUUACCCAAAGGUACUACGGUUGUGAGAAAACCCAAAUCAGAUGGAGCUGGACCCAGCGGCCUCAGCAAUAACAGUGGAUCAGGUAGCAGUUCUGGUACCCGAACUGUGGUCUCCAGACCAGCAAGUUUUCCGACUGUAGUUGCUCGUCCCAACACAACAGUCUCAUCAGUCGUUCGUUCAGGAAGCUCCAUCAUGGCUGUCAGAACAAAUGCAUCAACUAUCCGAACAACUUAUUCCCGUAGUGUGGUGGUUACUGGCAGCCUGGGAACACAAGAGGCAGCUACUAACAGGAGUACAUCACCUCCAUUAACUGACAGUUCUCCGUCUACACCAGGAGGUGUCCCUUCUGGGUCAGGAUCCUCUUCCUCUUCAACGCCGACCCCUUUAGUCUCAGCCACGGUGGUAGGUAGUGUCCUCACAACUGUUCCAAGCAGUUCCCCCAUGGGGACACAAAGUGGAAAUACUGGCAAGCAGCAGCAACAGCAACAGCAACUACUGCAGCAAUCCUGGGAUGUUGUUCAAAAUGAAGGUGUGUGUUUAAGUGGUGUUGAGAGCAAUACCACCAUCACCCAAAUGAGCAGCACCACCAGAGGAGCCACCACUUGUACCACCACCGUGGCUAGCCCUCCGGGGGACACCAGGGCAGCUAGUAUGUUAGAGACUUUACUCAGAGACAGACCAGUUCCUCCCAGCCCUCUCCAUACCCAGUCCACCACAGCUAUCACCACCAUUACUGCUGCUCUACCUAGUACCAUAACAUCCAUAGUAGGUAGCAGUAGUGUUCCUAUGGCAGUUACUGGGGAGAGCCAGGUAACAAAUGCUGUGGUGGGUGCCUUGAGCAGUACUGGCAACAAUACUGGCAAUGUAGUCAUUGCAAGUGGAUCAAAUGCCAACAGUGGUGUGAUCAUGGCGAGUGGUGUUGUUGGAGCUCCCACAGGAGGAGGUGUUGUAGUCGCCAGCAGUGGAAUUGUCAGCAGUAGUGGUGUUGGAGUAAACAGUAGUGUUGGUGAGGGUGGCUCUGGAGCAGUGCAGCAGGUGCUUUUACCUGGCCAAAUUGUUCAAGUUCACACUAGUGAUGGUACAACAGGUAUCGGAAUUGUGCAAUCUUCCUCAUUAGAUUUAAGAUUACCAGCUGGAACAAGAGUGAUAAAACCUGGUGGCGGAACAAUACGAACCACAGCUGCACAGCAACAACAAGUGACUGGAGUCAUAAACCAAACUGGUAGUCGCCAGGUCAAUGUGUUGCACAAUGUAAAAAUUCUACAGAAUGUGCAAAACAGACAGAUAGUCCGCACUGUGGUUGUACCACAUCCUGUUGCCCUCCAGGGUCUAAAUACUCCAUCAGGUCAGUUGAAGCCUCAAGUAGUUUCUCUAAGCCAAGGAACCUGCACAUCUGUGUCAACAGCAGGAGAGGGUGGAGUGAUACAGCCCCAAGUUCCUUCUACUACAGUGAGGGCUAAAAUUCCACCUACCACUAUUGUCCAGAAAGUAUUAAGCCGUAGUGGACUGGUCAUCCGCACUGUUAGGCCUCAGACCUCAUCUACUCAAGCAUCAGGAGAUGCGGCUCCUUUUGAAGAAGGAUUGGGGGCAAAAUUACAACAGCAGCAACAAGGUACUGAUGGAGAGAAAACCACAGGGGCCACUGCCACCACUAAUGUGACUGUGGCUCGUCUGCCCCAAGAUGAGGGUCUUGGUGAACGUCUUAGUCACUACCUGAAGACUGCCCUUGCAAGCUCUACAAGUACCCAGAGUGUUGGAACUCAGACCUUGACAACAGCUGUGAAGCCCUCAGCAGGUCAGUUAGUGAAUCAAGUUGCCAUGAACCAUUUACGAAGUGGGGGCAAUGCAGCUCUCUCUCUAUCAGGAGGCAUCCCUGGAAUGAGUGGUCCUCCCAAUACCAUUUCAACAAGUCCAACACCUCCACAACAAGCAAAUAUACCUUCUCUUCCUUUGACUCCAACUAAUGCAGUCAGUUCUGAAACGUUGGAGCAGAUAAGGGAAUUUGAAUCUGUCUUUGAAAAAGUAUCAAAUAAAUCGGGAAAAGAGGGAGCUGAUGGAGAAGCAAGUGUGGACAGCUACACAAGUACUCCUAUGUCCUCUGAGGAGUCAAUGAUUGCUGCACAGCUUUUGAGUAUGGCUAAUGAUAAUCCUGCAGUCACAACAUCUUCAAGUUAUGUAUAUUCUGUUCCCACAACUGUCUAUGAUGCAAGUGGAACACGAUUAACUGAAGGAACAUACAUAACCAUUCCUAGUACUACUCAAGCAGGUACUCUCAUUUUAGUCAAUCACAGUGGUUCUGGCACAGGAUUAGUCACUGUUGCCAGUGGUGUACAGAACCAGCAGCAGCCUCCUCCUGCAGCUUCACCAGCUUUAUCUUCUACCUCGUCUCAUUCAUCUAUUGCAUCGUCACCAUCGUCUACUUCCAGUAAGACUAAAAAACCACCACCAAAGUCAAAAACUGUCCCUCCAGCUACUCCGCCUGUAGUGGCCAAGCCCAAAACUCCACCACCUCCAAAAGCUCCAGCUCCUAAACCAACUGUGGCCAAACCUCAAUUGGAAGAAAGUGAUGAAACCAAAGCUCGUAUUCAGGCUAUCCUGGAGCAGUACAAGCAAGAUUUGGCCAAUACUCCACAGCCUCAACCAGCCCCUAGAAACAGAAAAAACUGCCCACCUCCAAAAAAUGAAGGAAAAACAUCCACCAAAAAAAAGAGUCCAGUUAAGAAGGUUGAAGGGGGUGCAGGGAAUAGUCCAGCAGUCUCAGAAGGCUCCAUAGUUGGGUGCCCCUCCCCAAGUCCUUCACCAGGUCCUGCUAAUGAUAACUCAGUUGGUCCCUCAAGUAGUGCUACUGGUGGCCAGCCAGUUCAGUUCUCCUCUCAAGUUGUGUCUAGUCAAGGUAGCACUACUCCUGGAAACCACAGUGUUCCUGAUGAGAAGAUAAAGGCUGAAGGUAGCCCUGAAGUUGUUGUUUCAGCUCCACAAAUACUCCAGGGAGUAAUGGUGUCAAAUGUAAAGGUUGAAGGAAGUAAUUUAUCAAGUAACUCAACAAACCUUGCACAAGGCAUUGCAGGAGGUAGAUUUGUCCAGCUUAUUCGACAUUGUGGAAAAGUAACAACAAUCACAACUCGUCAACCUAUAAAUAAAGCAAAAUCUGCCAAUCAAGGAGGCCCUCCUCCUAAUGUCACAAUACAGGGACGAAUCAGUAUGAAUGAUCUCAUGGAAAGUCAUAUUGCAUCUCUGUUAACUGGAGGAGGUUCAGCUCUGACACAGACUCCAUCUGUUGUCAGUAAGAUUGUUCAGCAGCAGCAGCUGGCUAGUCACCAAGGAGUUCAACAAGUAGUGGUGCAAACAUCAGGAGGACAGCAAGUAUUACAACAGGUAGCAGUUCAACAGCUUCCCACUUCACCAGUCAAACAACAACAGCAAAAACCUCAACAGAAAAGCAGUGUAAUUCAACAACUCUGCAUUGCGAGUAAGGAAGAACUGUCGGGUGCAAGUUCACAGACUUCUCAAAUACCAGUCAGUAUGGCAUCCUUGCCAAAUACUCUUCCCAAUAAUAUGGUCACUAUUGCAAACACCAGUGUUCUAAGUGCACCAGCUGUUUCUAAAAUAUCCACAAAUUCAAGUCCAUCACCACCUACAAACACAUCAGGCAUCCCUUCACCAUCACUGUCCACAGCAAAUAGUACUAGCAUUGUUACCACAAGUGGCCCUAUUAAACUUCCUUCCCUCUCUUCCAUCCCAAACUCUCCACUCACUCCACAAGUAAAUGCUGUAACAUCACCUCCAACUCCACAACCUGUAUCAGCCUCUCCCCAUACUCCCUCUCCUGCAACAGAACCAUCUCCUACCCCGUCAUCUUUUCAAAUGGGAGAAGAGAGCAAUAGUAGUGAACAGAGUGUUGGUGAGGGACUUGCUGGACCACUGCCUCCAUUUCUAACCUUAAAAUCAUUCAUUAUGAGAAGUCCACAGCAGCCUUCACCACAAACUCAGCAAACACAAACACAAAAAAUUCAGCCAGAACAAAAAAUAUCAGAUAAGUGCUUCACUUCAGGAACAGGAAUACAGCAAGUUGCUAACAGUUCAGGAGCUGCUCAAGAAACAGCUACAGCAUCUCCUUCAGUAGCACACAACAAAACUCCCCAAAGAGGAAAUCAGUCACAUGUCCAGUUGCAAAUUUCACAACCUCCCAGAAAACCAACCACAGUAAUUCGGUCUGGAGGAGGGAAUCCUGGAAGAAGGUUAAUUGUCGGAGCUGUGGAUGCAAAUGGAAGAACAGUAGCACCUGGCACAGCAGGUUCACUUGUCAGUGGCACAGGAGAAGCAGGAAUUACCACAUCAUCCAUGUCUAGCUCCAGUCAUGAGGGAUUGCAAGCCAAUGCACAGUCUCGCAUACGCCUGGCAACAAGACCCCAAGACAUGCGGAGUAAUUCAAUUGACUCCUUAAAGAGUGAUCUUAGUGUUGAAGAGGUUCAGAUUCCACCAAGUCCAGCAACAUUAACAAAACAGAUUCAGAGUGCAUACAUGACUGAAGCAGCACUGUCUCCCUCAGUCUCACAGUCACAGCACUCAGGAUCCUCCUACUCUUCCCCAAGCACAACACAUGACUUACCAUUCACUGAACCUCCUGCUACCUCAGAUGAUUCUUCAGGUGGUGGUUUGACACAGCCUGGCCACUCCUCAGCACCACCUGCUCCUGGCCUCUCUGUGACAGGGAUCUCUCCUGAAGGUGACACUCAAAUGGGAGCAUUGACCUCACCAUCUGGAGAUGUAUACCUUCAUCAGUCUGGUACUGGAUUAGGGCUGGAGAGCUUGGAAGCAGGGACACUGCCCCUAGUUUCUGGUAUGGAAGUUAGGACACAUUCUCCAGCCUUGAGUGAUUUGGUGUCCUCAGGACCUCUCCUUACAUGGUCACCUAGAUCUGCAGAUUCCAUGAUGGCACAGUCUCCUUCUUUAAAUGAUGCCCUCACAGCAAACAUUCCUCUUGAUGUUAAUCACAGUGAAGAUUCUCUUUGUGACUCGUCCACUGGUUUCCCUGGACUCUUCUCAAUUGAAGGAGAUGGUGUCAGUGUGUCUUCAAGCACAAGUGAAGACACUGGAAACAACACAGUUAGUGUUUCAAACAAUCAGCAACACACUUUACAACCAGAUCUAGAGUCACAGGAACAAAUAGAGGUGACAAUAGAUCUGCAUCCCCGAGAAAGUGAACAAGACCACACCAUCACCUCUACAAGGUCACCAACUCAAUUAGAACUGCCUGUGGCCACCCUUCGUGGAAUAACUACCCAUAACAUACCAUCAUCAGGAAGCAUCAUUAUAAACCAUGGGUCACAGGAGACACCUUGGAGAUUUGACAACACCAUUGUUUCACAGGCUAAAAGUGUCAUUAAUCAGCCAUCAGAACCAACUAAUGGGCAUCAUAAUGAUAAGCAGUCUGCAGAUCGAGAGGAAACUGCAGGUCCAUCAAACAAUGUUCAAGGUAAACAGAAUGAUGGAGUUCAAGCAUCAUACCAAAAAGGCAAACAGAAAAGAGGAAACAACACAGAAUUGAAUGAACAAGAAGUUGAGGAUGUCAGAAUUGUGGCUGAAGUUGUUGCAAUGAAGGGAAUGGAAAAAACAAGGAAACAAAGCAAAUCUGAUGGAAAGAUCGAUGGUGAAGUGAAGAAAUCUCAAGAAGGGAACAGUAGAAAACGUAGUCAGUAUUCGGCUUGCCCCCCUGACAAAAGAAAACUAAGUGUAAUAAAUGAAAAUGAAGUAAAGACAGAAGAAAUACCAACCAAGAAUGGACAUGAAGAUGAUCCUGCACAUUCUAAUAUUAAAAUUGGAAACAGCAGUGUUGGUAGAAACAAGCGUAGAAGCUCUCAACGUGCUAUAGCAGCUUCUAGUAAUGCAGUUUCUCCAACUUCAUUGAAUCGAACUCGUACAAAGUCUUUGAAAAGUGAAGCCAAUAUUAAACAAGAGCAUGGAUCUGGAUUAUUAGGUAUUGACAUCAAAGAUGAAAAACUUAUAAAACUAGAAAAGAUCAUAAAGGAACACAGUGAUGGUGGAAUCGGAAGAACUAGGGGGGCAAAGAAGCGCACAGAAACAGACAGCAUUGGGGAAAUGAAGGAGGAAGAGAGUCAAGGGGAGCAAAAGAUAGGUGGAGAAAUUAAGCAAAGUGAGGAUACCACUGACAUGAAGUUUAGUGAAGGGGAGUGUGGUGAGGAGAUGAGGCGUGGUGGCAGAGGUGCACGGGCUGCUAAACGAGGUGAUGGCUAUGUUUUGAUGGAAGAGGAAGUGCAAAACCAUUUGGAUGAGGAUUCUGCAGUACCACGGGGGAACCGUGGCCGCCACAUCAGUGGCACCUCGGAUACCAGCAGCAAUUAUAGUGUUGAGUGUGCCGUCGCUCCAGCAGCUCUUGACACCCCUAGCAUCAGUGGGGGACGGAGACGGCGGCGGCACAGCAGAGAGAGCAGUGCCAGCAGCAGGGAUGGCAGUCCACUCACAAUACACUCUCAUGAAUUUCCCCCUAGUGGUGUUAAUACUAGACGCUCAUCCUCACGGGACCAUGCCAAGAAAAAGAAAUGCUCAUGUUGUGUGGGAGGGGAACAAAGGAAAAGCACCUCUGGCAGUGGAAGGAGAGUGUCCACUAGAGCUGCCAGAGGCUCCAGCAGUGGUUCUUUGCAGUGAACAAAACAAUUUGUGUUUCUUGCAGUGUAGGACUUUGCUAGAAUCCUCAUGUAUGUGUAUGUAAAAGUUCCAUCUUUAGUGACUGUACAAGAAAUACUGGUGAUUGAGGAGAGAUUCAUCCAUACUAGCAAUAGGACUGCAGUAGAUAAUAAGCAGCUAUAUCCCAUUCUGUGAUUCAUUUAUGUAGAGGACACUUAAUGGCUCACCUGUGGUAUUUUUGAGCUAAAUAUCUUCUCCCAAGACAAAAGGAUGUGGCUUCUGUAGUUUUGAUGAUAUUGUUGAUCUUUAUGAAUGAUAGUGCUUUGAAACAACAGUCUUCAUCUCUUUCCACAGAAUAAGCAUUAAGUGUUAAAAGUUUAACGUUCCUUUUCAUAUUUCAAAAUAUUUUUAUACUCUGAAAAACUUGCUCACUUGUGUGAGCUCUUGCAGCACAAUUUUUUUUAAUGGGAUAUUAGUGCCAUACAUUUCCAAUUUAAAUUGAGUAGACUGCAGACCACUGAUUUAAAAAAAAAAAUCUCUGUGGUCAAUGGCUUGGCUUGAUGCACAUCUUUGUAUCAUGUCAGACCAGUAAGGUCACAAUGAUCAUUUGUACCUGAGUGCUUUUAAACUGGUGUUAGUCCAAGUCUUUUAGACAAAUCCAAGUGUGAUGCAGUGUUUCCCUCCUGUCUGUCAGUGAAUUGACUUCCACUACUUUACAAUUCUGAAUCAAAGAACUUAUCUCUUUUCUCAAGAAUAUAUAUUGCUUUUAUUUCACAAUUCACGACUAUAUAUAGCUUUGUAUAUAUAUAUAUAUAUAUAUAUAUAUAUAUAUAUAUAUAUAUAUAUAUAUAUAUAUAUAUAUAUAUAUAUGUAUAUAUCACAGCUUGAAAGUUUUUAAUUUAAAAUUUCCUAUUAGUCUUUUUUAUAUUUUCAUUACCUUUCCUACAUAAUUUAAUUUCCGUAUAAUUUACCCAUAUGGAAAUUAUAGUUUCCAAAUCAGGAUUUAUUCCUCUCAAGAGUUCGCGGCUCAUCCAAUUUGGCACCUUGUUGGGUCACACAGAUUGAUACGCUUUUGGUGGACGUUGUCUGGUUCUUAACGCCUGUCUUGCGCAAACUGUAAAUACUUUCUCAUUAGUGAUUUUGCUAUAUCUAAAUUUAUAUCAUAAUUUUUUGAGACCCUCCUUAGUGGGUUAUGUUAUGAUUUGUAAAGAUAGAGAAGUGGUGUUCUUUAACUCUUAAAAUCAAUAGGGUAGUAUUACUUCCUUGAUGGAUCAAAAGCUAUGUUGAGAAAAAGUGAUGUGGCUCCUCAGUGAUAGUCCUUUACUCAGUAACUGAUGGCCAGUGGAGGAGGAACCAGUGUGCUGUCCAUACCAGUACUCUCAUAGAAUUAUUAGUAUUUCUACCAAAGGGAAUAUGUCGCAUAUAUAAGUAAAAUCUAUAGUAAAGCUAUAUGUUCUCUUUGUGAUACAUUCCCAGUCUGCAGUACUUUUCUUUUCUUUUUUCUUUUCAUGCAUAGGAAGUUCAUGAAGUGUGGAUCCAUUAGAUGUGUUCAUUAUGGAUGUGGGUCUGUUACAACAUGGGAACUAUAAGAAUGUUCAUGCUGUGUAUCCUUAUCUUGUAGCUCUCAUAGGAUUGAUAUGCCAGACUUAAGACUAAUGUGUCUGCCAACACUAAAGUUCUAAGAAUCAGUAGGAACAGAGCAGUCAUAUCAGCACAGAGCAUCAUAGUCCAGCAUCUUGUCUUGUUCUGGCUGAAUGGAGCUGUAAAAAUGAAGACAAAAUGAGUUGUGAUCCAAUAACCAUACUAUAACCACAGAAACAUGGAACUGAAGUGUACCAGGAAAUUAUGUAAGAGACAGACCCACUCCUAUAUACAUAAAGUAGCUUAUCACUGUAGUGUUUGUAUUCCCAAGUUUGGGAAAAUAUGCUUGACCAUCAUUAUCUUUGAUGGUGAUGGUAUUUAAUUGUCCUUGCUCUAAGAGAAGUAGCAAUGUUAAUGCAGAAUAUUUGCUUUCUUACUUUCUAGGGAGAUCUCUGAUUUACAUGCCUAAAACCAUUUCAUUACCAGGAAAGGCACUUGAAAUUCACUAUUCAUGACAAUUCUGAGUUGAAUAGGGCAAGUAGUUUGAAUUGUAUUUCAUAUUGAAAACAUUUCUUUUUAACAUUGGCAACAAUGCAACAUGAGUAUUGAAUGUUUUAUAUGUUUGUAAUUAACAACAGGAAUUGCCAAGUAUUUUACAUUUUGCAGCUGAAGAGUCAUGUACAAUCACUUUUUUUUUCUUUUUUACUCAGAAUGCUGUUAAUUAUUCCUUUGUAAUUAGCUUGAGGGCAUCCACAUCUUAAGACUACAGUGACUAUAGAAAUAUAAACUAUUUUACUUAGAUGUAUAUAAAAGUGUGAAGGUUUCAUAAUCAGCCCUUGUACUGUUAGCAUGUAAAAUUGGCUUAGAAACUGACUUGAGUACUUGUUUUUUUGCUUGUAGAAGGCUAACUCUUGCGUGUGUUAAUUUUAAUAUAUCAAGUGAUGCUUACCAGUUAUGUAAUGAUUGUGUUUAUAAGAGUUUUUUUUUUUAUUAUUUAUACUGUAAAUAGCUUGCCAAAGCUCUCCACAUGUACACUAUUCUCCUGUUCCAGCUAGGAGGAACCUACUCUAGGCUUUCUCCAUUCCUAGUUAAGUGUAAGUUUUCUUGAUAAAAUGUUAAUACCACUCUGUUUGUAAAUGGUAUUGUGUACAAAAUGUUCAUUCUUUUUGUAUUUGUGUAAUGUAUGUACAAAACGCAUAAAUCCUUUCAUUUUUGCAGUAA